CAAGCGCAAGCGCCGCCGUUACCCUCAGCCGCCGCUACCUCCACUGCCGCGCUGCUGCCAACGCCGCCGACGAGCAUGGGCUGCGUCUGCCCGUAGCUCAGGCCGCGCCCACGCGCUCUGGAGCGCGAGAACUCGAUGGGCGAGACCACGGGGAGGGCGGGGGAAGGAGUGAGGCAAGGGAGGGCGUGGCCAGCCUUCCCCUCCCUCCUCCCCCUCACCCCGCCCCGGGCCAGAGCUCUGAGGAGGCACUCCCUCCUUCCUUAGAACACGGCAGUUCUCUAGUCCUGGGGGUGAGGACUUGGGUCACCUGGCUGCCCACCUUAGCCAGAGGCGCCGCCCCUCCAGCCCCCGUCCUCCCCCUCACGGAAGGCUCUGGGCUAGAGGCAGAGUGGCGAUGUCUCGUAUGCGUGAGGAGCGGGGGCGGUGCCCAGGCUGCUCGCCCGCGGUCGCUGGGCCCAAGAUCCCGCCCCUCACUCCAGCUCCUGCCGGGAGCGAGCCCUAGCUUCGUUUGACCUCUGCCCCUUUAUAAUCUCCCUCAGGCACCUUUAUGAUCCUCCCCCUCCCUCUUCGGAGUACCGCCCCAGUUCGCGGGAGGGAAGGAGGGGGGAGGAGGAGUGUUAAACGCAGUUUGAGUGCUCUGGGCCUCCGUAGCUCGGGACGGUGGAAUGCCGGUCCUGAGUGUGGCUGUUACUCCGGGGCUGUCUUAGGCCUAAAGGCGGGCAGGGCUCCGUGAACCCCGCGCGCGCUGACCACCCGCGCGAGCCCGAGGGCGGAGCCGGAGCCGCUCCAGCCGCCAUGGCCGACUACUGGAAAUCACAACCUAAGAAAUUCUGUGAUUAUUGCAAGUGCUGGAUAGCAGACAAUAGGCCUAGUGUUGAAUUUCAUGAACGGGGAAAGAACCACAAGGAAAAUGUGGCCAAAAGAAUCAGUGAGAUUAAACAGAAAAGCCUAGAAAAGGCAAAAGAAGAAGAAAAAGCAUCAAAGGAGUUUGCUGCAAUGGAAGCAGCUGCCCUUAAAGCAUACCAAGAGGAUUUGAAAAGACUUGGAAUCAGUUCAGAUGUUACAGAAUCUAGCACACCACAAGUGACCAACACUGCCCCACCUGUCUCAUUAUCAAAUCAGAAGAAGGAAAAGAAAAAGAGGAAAAAAGAGCUUUCCAAUAUAGAUGCAGUAGGAGCUUCCAAAUGGGUAGAAGGCAUGUCUUCAGAAGGUUACCAUUACUAUUAUAAUACCAUCACAGGAGAAUCUCAGUGGGAGAAACCUGAAGGCUUUCAAGGAAAAUUUAGUAAGAAAGCAGCAGUGCCUCUUUGGGUAGAAGGUUUAAGUGAAGAUGGUUAUACCUAUUAUUAUAAUACAGAAACGGGUGAAUCCAAAUGGGAGAAGCCUGAGGAUUUUGUUCCAGAAGUUGGAGAGCCCAUUUCUAGUAAUAGUGCUGAAACACUUGAUGCCCCAGCUGAAUCAAAGUCAUCUGAUUCCAAUAGUGAUUCCAGUGAAAUACAAGAAACAGAAGAAGAGGAGGAAAAAUCGGAGACCUCUACAGAAGUACAAAAGCCAAAAAUAAAGUUUAGGAAAAGAACUAAGAAUGAUCAUGCUGAAAAAACUGAAACUGAAUCAAAGAAGGAAAAAAGUGAUGGUGAUCAGGAACAAGACUCAUCAGGUCCAUUAGAAGAAAAACCUAGAUCUCCUAAAAAGCCUAACCCUUAUGGGGAAUGGAAAGAAAUUAAGCAAGAGGAUAAUCCCUAUCAGAAGAUAGAUUUGGAACUUCCAAGUACAGAGGAUGAAUACAUAGGAGCUCCAGUUGCUGAUAUGAGUGGGGACCCAAAAGUGACAUUUAAAGAAAAAACAGUCACUUCUCUUGGAGAUGUGGCAGAAGGAGUAGCUCCAGUCUUCAAAAAGAGAAGAUUUGAUAAUGGAAAAUCUAGAAAUUUAAGGCAAAGAGGAGGUGAUCAAUAAUUUUAAUUUAAUAACAAAAAAGCAGUAUGUGACCUCUUUUGGACCUGUUUGGACAAGAAGAGCCUCUAACUUUGUAAGCUAUUUUUUGUUUGUUUUUGAUGGUUUAGAUACUAAGAAUGUAGACUUCUAAGUUGUACUAGAUGUGAAUUGUAAUAAAUCUGUUUUUUAUUUUUAUGUGAAUCCUAUUUUUGUUCUUAAAAAUGGGAGUCUUCUAUGUUGCAUUGUUUAUGCAGUGUUUAUUAUCUUAAAAUUCUUAAUUAUGUCAUCAUAAUUCAAGAUGCUAUGUAUCUGCUAUUUAUUAUAUGUGAAAAGCAAAUCAACUACUCUGUUCUCAUAUACAUGAGCAUACCUAUUACUUUGUCUGAAAAUUCUUCUUUCUUGCACACUGACAAUUGACUUUUAACUAAGAAGUAGUACCAAUUCUAUGGUAUAAGAGCUUCAGGUCCCAGGGGAAAUUAUUCUGAAUAUGCUGUCAGCAGGCUGAUAUGGAACAAUAGUUAUAUUGCUGGACUUAACUGAAUAUAAAGGCCAAGAGCUAAGUUUGCAUCUGACUCCCAGGCACUUUAGGAAUGCUUACUUAGUGUGGAUUGAAGGUCAAAAGAUGAAAUGAAAAACUGUCCUUUGCAACCAUUCCUUUCUUGGUGUCUAAUGAUGUUCUGAUGAAUAUUCUAGAUAUCAGCCUUGUGUGAACCAGGAAAAAAAA